CUAUGUACUUCAAGACUUAAGUUUUCAGAAACACUAGUUUCGACUGCAGUGAGCCUGUGAGUAAGCUAAACAGAGAGAGUAAAUAUAUAUACUGUCACAAAAAAAAAUGUCGUCACGCUUGCUUCUCGUUGUGGCGGUUUUGCUCUUCGGCUGCAUGGCGGUGGUUCCGUCUGAACAUUCUACCAUUGAAGACCAUGAAACGCAGGCGGUGGUGAAAGGAGCUAACAGAAGGCUUUUACCAUUCCUGAACUGUGAAGGGUUGUGCAAUCAGAGGUGCAGUAAGCACUCGAGGCCAAACGUGUGCACGAGGGCAUGUGGGACCUGUUGCAUGAGGUGCAAGUGUGUUCCUCCCGGCACCGCCGGCAACAGAGAAGCCUGCGGGACCUGCUACACUGAUAUGACUACUCACCACCACCACAUCAAGUGCCCUUAAUUACCACUAGUUAUCAAUUACCGCCUUAAUUAAUCGGGAAUAAAUAAAUUUCAGAAAACUUAAAUGCUGUAUGAUGUUUUUGUAUAUGUAUUUCGUUAUUUGUAUUUUCUGUCGAUGUUAAUUAUGUGAAUGUACGUUAAUUUAGUAAAAGUGUAUUGAUACUG